GGAUCUCGCAGUGCGGCCAGCGCUUCCCCGCGCCCGCUUUGCCCUCUGUGCCCGCCGCACCAUGGCCACGCUCCAGCCCCGGCCCUCGCGGCUGGCCCUGCUCCUAAUGCCGCUGCUCCUGCUGCUGCUGCUACGGGCCGACCCGGUGCGCGCCCACAGUGAGGUGUUCGGCGACGCGGAGCAGGUGCGCAUGACCUCGGAGGGCUCCGACUGCCGCUGCAAGUGCAUCCUGCGGCCGCUGAGCAAGGACGCGUGCAACCGGGUGCGCGGCGGGCGCGCGCGGGCCGAGGACGCCUACGCCGUGGAGACGGUGAGCGCGGGCACCGACUGCCGCUGCUCCUGCACCGCGCCGCCCGCCUCGCUCAACCCCUGCGAGCGCGACUGGAAGAUGGAGAAGCUCAGGAAGCAGGCGCCUGAGCUACUCAAGCUGCAGUCCAUGGUGGACCUCCUGGAAGGCGCCCUGUACAGCAUGGACCUGAUGAAAGUGCAUGCGUACGUCCACAAGGUGGCCUCCCAGAUGAGCACGCUAGAGGAGAGCGUCAAGGCCAACCUGAGCCGGGAGAACGAGGUGGUGAAGGAAAGCAUGCGCCACCUCAGUGAGCAGCUCAGGAGCUACGAGAACCACUCGGCUGCAGUGCUGAGCCUGCAGAAGGAGCUGUCCAGCCUGGGCCUGCAGCUGCUGCAGAGGGACGCAGCCCCUGCCCCUGCCACCCCGGCUACUGGCCCGGGCAGCAGGGCUCAGUCUGAGGCCUCCCGCCUUGCCCAGGACACAGCUGGAGGGAAAGGCAAGGAUGCCAACAAAUACGGCGGCGUGCAGAGCAGCCUUGCAGACAGAGGCCUCCCCAAACCCCCCAAGGAGAAGCUGCUGAAGGCUGAGAAGCUGAAGAAGGAGGGUGGCAAGGGUCAGCUCCCCCUGCCCACAGCCAGGCCCCGAGCCCUGGUACAGCAGCAGGCUAUGAUCCGGGGCUUCACCUACUACAAGGCGGGCCGGCGGGAGGCACCUGAGGCCACGGCCGAUAACGCCCUCAAAGGCACCUCACGGCUGGAGCAGCUGCCACCCAAGGCAGAGGGCAGGGACCCCGAGCCCAACUCUGCCAAGCAGGAUGAGGCUGCGACCGAGGCUUCAGAGGGCACUGACCUGGGCCCUGGCACCUCCAGCUCCAUCCCAACCACCACCACCAGCACCCCGACUCCUACCAUCAGUCCCCUGCCCACAGAGCCACCUUCACGCCUUGAAGUCCCCAACCAAGGCAGGGAGGCCAGCUGCGAGGGCACCCUCCGGGCCGUGGACCCCCCAGUGAGGCACCACAGCUACGGGCGCCACGAGGGGGCCUGGAUGAAGGACCCUGCUGCUCAGGAUGACAGGAUCUAUGUCACCAACUACUACUAUGGCAACAGCCUGGUGGAGUUCCGCAACCUGGAAAACUUCAAGCAAGGCCGCUGGAGCAACAUGUACAAGCUGCCCUACAACUGGAUCGGCACAGGCCACGUGGUAUACCAGGGCGCCUUCUACUACAACCGCGCCUUCACCAAGAACAUCAUCAAGUACGACCUGCGCCAGCGCUUCGUGGCCUCCUGGGCGAUGCUGCCCGAUGUGGUGUACGAGGACACUACGCCCUGGAAGUGGCGGGGGCACUCGGACAUCGACUUUGCCGUGGACGAGAGUGGCCUAUGGGUCAUCUACCCUGCCGUGGACGACCGCGACGAGGCCCAGUCCGCGGUGAUCGUGCUGAGCCGCCUGGACCCCGGUGACCUCUCCGUGCACCGCGAGACCACAUGGAAGACGCGGCUGCGGCGGAGCUCGUACGGAAACUGCUUCCUGGUGUGCGGCAUCCUGUACGCCGUGGACACCUACAACCAGCAUGAGGGCCAGGUCGCCUAUGCCUUCGACACCCACACGGGCACGGACGCGCGUCCCCAGCUGCCGUUCCGCAACGAGCACGCCUAUACCACUCAGAUCGACUACAACCCCAGGGAGCGCGUGCUCUACGCCUGGGACAACGGCCACCAGCUCACCUACGCCCUCCACUUUGUGGUCUGAGCGGGAGAGGCCUGGUGGUGGGGCCUCUCCAGCAUCUCCUGCAGCGACGCCACCAAAUAGUUACCCGGAGCUGGGUGGCAUGCUUCCUCAGCACCCGUGGGGCGGCCCUGGCUUCUACUCCAAAGCAUCAAGCUUUACAUGUAAUCACCCUUUCAACACUCUCGAAUUCUCCCUUGGAGGAAGAGAUCAUAGCUCUUCUAUGGGUGUGAUGGUGCACCCUUGUAAUCCCAGCACUCAGGAGGCUGAGGCAGGAGGAUUGAGACCCUUCCUCAAAAAAACCAAAAAAGGCCCAUUUAACAGAUGAAGAGCGUGAGGCCCAGAGAGGCCGGCCAUGUUGUCCUUGCCCCAUUCUGCAAAUGGGGGAACCUCGCCAAGCUCUUGCCUCUUUCCCCUGCCUCCCCUCCCUCAGCUCUCUCUCCCUCCCCAGGGCUACUCAAGGCCCAAAGCCCUUGGGGCCAAUGCACUGAUUUUCUGCCACUCUAGGCCUCUGUUUUUGUUUUUUUGUUUUUUGUUUUGGUACCAGGGAUCGAACUCAGGACCUUGUGCUUGUGCAGCAGGCACCGGAACCAUUGAGCUAAAUCCCUGACCCCAUGUUUUUUUUUGUUUUGAAACAGAGUUGCUCUGUAGCCCAGGCUGGCCUUGAACUCGCAGCCAUCCUCCUGCCUCGGCCUCCUGAGUGCUGGCAUCACAGGUGUGCGCCCCCGGCCCAGGUGGCUGGCCCUCUUCUGGCUGAGCCAAUGGUGGCCUUGGGCUUCAGGCCCCAUGGCCAGCGUCCCUGUUCCUUGCCUUGGGUCAGCCCCAUGCCCCACCCGCCCGCUGUCCGGCCACAUUCCAAAUGGCCACCGUCACCUCGCCACUGAGAGAAACCACACCCAGACAGAAGCUGGCCCAGGUCCUGGCCCCUCCCUCUGUCCUCGCCUGGGUGGCCCCUUGUGUCCCUUGGUGCCGUCAUUUGUUGUGCAGCAGCUGAGGAGGCUGAGGCAGCUGCCUGCCAACAGCAGCUCUGCCCGGGUGUGGCACUCACUGCCUGGAUUCCCUCCGCCCAGCAGCGCUCUGGCCUCAGACCCAGGCCUGGCGCCUGCCCAAGCCUUCGGGCCUGGGCUCCUUUCUCUACAGGCUCCAAAGCCACUGCUCACACACUCAGGGGCCUCUCCAGGUCUGUCCUGAGCAAGGGCCUGGCUAGGCAGCAUAGGGUCCGGAAGGCAGGGAGACCCAGGGCCUCUGGGUGGGGGAAGGCAGAGAACAGGAGGGAUGGGGGACCAGGCCUGAGCACCGGGCUGGCCCUGCCUUUGAGAUGUCAGUGCCAGGGCUGGCAAGCUGGGGACUUGGGUCGAGGAGGCACAGGAAGGGCUGCCUGGCCCCAUGGCCACUCCUCAGGCCUGCCCUCCACUUUGGAUGGGAUCUUUUGAGCUAGAAAGAAGUUCUGUAGCCAACUUUGUUCUGCCAAAGAGAAAAAAGCCCAUAAAGGUUUAGAGGGUGGCUUGGAGCCACACAGGAAGCAGGACCCAGUGCAUCUCCUUCUGGAAGGGCUUUGUACCCUUUAUUCUUCCAGCUCAACUCAGAGGCAGCUCUGCCAGGGGUGAGGAGGGCACUGUAGACACCCAGCACCAAGCCACUGAGCACCAAGCCACCUAGCACCUUUGAAGGCACCUGUGCCAAUCCCCACCCAGCCCAGGAGCCGAUCUCUUCCUUGUGCCCCUUGCAGUCCCCAGGAUAUCUGUGGAUUUAUAGACCCACCCAGGGUGUGGUGGCAUACUCGGGCGUCCCAGCUCUCAGGAGGCUGAGGUGAGAGGAUUUCUGUGAGUUCUAGGCCAGUCUAGGCUACAUAAUGAGUUUAAGGCCAGCCUGAACUACAAAGUGAGACCCUCUCUCAAAAAAUGAAACUAAAUAAAUAAAAAUAAAGACCCAGUUACUCCAUUAGGAAAUUCAGCUGCCCGGCCAGGAGAAAUGCAGCUGGUGCUGAGUACAUUUCUUCUGUUUUUUGUAUGCUGCAAGUCACCCCUGAAAUAGAGGAGAAGAAGACGCCAGCCCAGCCAGGUCUGACUCACAGUGGUGGACACAUCCAGCCUCCCCGACCUGCCACUGCCCAAGCCUCUUCAGGGGGCUACCAGCCCGGCCCUGCCCUCUGCCCUGGCCGUGGGUUUUACAGGCCAAGUGCUCUGUGAUCUCACAGCCUGGCCAAGUGAGCAGCAUCUCCAUUAGUCUGAGGCAGAGGAGACUUGGAACAGGUGGAUUUCUUUUCUUUUUCUUUUUCCUUUUUUUUUUUGAGACAGAGUCUCAGUAUGUAACCCAGUCUGGCCUCAAACUCACUUCAGUCCUCCCGCUUUAGCCUCCCGAGUGCUGGGAUUACAGGCAUGGGCAACCACAGCAGGCGAACAGGUGGUCUUGAAAAAGUAAAGGACAAGCGGCUGCAUCCCCCAGAUACUCCUGAGGUGCCCUCUGUUUUCAGCCCCUUGUCUGUACUAUGAAGUAACUCCGAUUCUUUGCCUCCUUUACAGAUGGAGCCCCGAGAAGUUGUCACUUGUCAUGGAGGGAAUUAAGGGAACCAUUAGGUUUAAAAAUAGAUCACAGCUCAGUGUGAUGGUGCACAGCUAUAAUCCCAGCACUCAGGAGGCUGAGGCAGGAGGAUCACCCGAAAGUUGGAGGCCAGCCUGGGCUACAUAGUGAGUUUGAGUCUAGUCUGACCUACAUAGCGAGACCCCAUCUCAUCAAAAUGAAGUCGUUUAGCUGAGAAGCAACAGUGCUGAGCAAGCCGCAUGCAUGUCCUGUUCACACAGCAUUGAACACAUACUCUGAAUGUACCUAUUUCACAGACAACACUGAGGCAAAAGGGACCUACCCAAGGUCACACAGCAGCCUAGUCUGCGGCAGACCUGGGGUUUCAGGCUGGGCAGAGCACUUCUUUGCCAACUGCAGCCUUUCUGGUGGCAGCUCUGGAAAUGGUAGCUGUUACUCUUACCCAGCGUGGCCAGGCGAGAAACCCUAAGAAGAGGUCUGGAGCCAACUUGUACAGAGCCUUGAAUGCCAAGCCCAGGGGUGGCCACCUCCAAUCACAUUAGAAACAAGGCCGAAUAUAAAGUCCUAGAGGAGGGGCCGGGGAUGUGGCUCAGUGGCGCCGCUGCCUGCCUAGCAAGCUCAAGGUCCUGUGUUCAAUCCCCGGUACAAAAAAUUAAAAAAUAAAUAAAGUCCUAGAGGAAAGGGAAUUCUCUUUUUUCUUUUUUGGUAACAGGUAACAGGGAUUGAACUCCGGUCCUUUUGCAUUUUCGAGGCUGGUGGCAGAACCAUUGAGCUAAAUCCCUCGCCCCAAGGAAAGGGAAUUCUAAGAUGGAUUAUAGUGGAGUUUUGUCUAUUCCCUGGGGAUAGGAGGCCGAGAAGGGCUGCUAUUGGGAACUGGGAACUGGGACCAGUUCCAUUUGUGGACCUGGAGGCUCUAAAGGAGAUCUGAGGCUCAGCACUUUUUAAAAAGGACCCAGCCCUUCUUACCCACUGCAUCUGUGAAGGCAGAGGAAGCUGCCUUCUAUGUCUCUUGUUUGGUUUUUUGAGAUGGUCUUGCUAUGCACCCCAGGCUGGCCUGGAACUCAUGGUGAUCCUCCUGCCUCAGCUUCCCGAGAGAGAGCUGGGGUUAUAGGUGUGCACCACCAUGCCCAGCUUUGCCGCCAGGGUUUCUGAAAAGUGAGAGGUGAUAUAAGGGGGGCUGCCACCAUGGGCUCCUCCCCAGUCCGAGCUCUCUGGGGAGGAAGAAGCCGCCUCUGUCUGGGGGGUAGCCCAAAGGUGCAGUGGGGACCAUGCCAGGCCUCCCACAAGCCGUUUCCAGAACAGCUUUUGCCCAAGCCACACCGGAAGCCAAGGUGGUUAUGGCAGGAUGUGGUGCUUCGAGGCUGUCGGAGAUGGAGGUGGCGCCACGCACCUGGACAAGGUCCUCCCAGGGCCUGGGGUGCUGACUUGCUUCGGCCGAGGCCACGCAGCUUAGGGGGACAGAGGACCCAAGCCACACCUCACAGAGCUGGGGGCAGCUGGGUAGACAUUGUCACUACACCAAGGAGCCCCGAGCCAGGCAGUAUCUUCCCCACAGGUGAGGAACCUCCCAGUUCCAAGGGCUGAGCUCCCUGCUCAGGGUGGAUCUCUAACAAGGAGAGUUGAGAUCAGAACAAAGCUGGGCACGAGAGUGCACAGCUGAGAUCCCAGUACCCGGGAGGCUGAGACAGGAGGAUCUCUGCAAGUUUGAGGCCAGCCUGGGCUACAUAGUGAGUUCAAGGCCAGAGUGGGCUUCAUAAUGAGACCCUGUCUCAAAGAAAAAAACAUAUAUAUAUAUAUUUGAACCAGGUCUGUUUUUAAACCCCAAAACUAACUCUUGUUAGGAACCUUGUAACUAGUAAUGUUUUCAGCUCCUGGAAAGCUCAAAGUCAAAUCUGAAUUCAUUUUUAACAACUGUGCUGUCUCCUACUGGACUCUGCUUGUAUAUAGCCUGAUCGAUUUGUAUUCCAUUGUAUUGUAUCAAUUUUUAUAAGUUGCCACAAUACCUUUCUUCCAACAAGGUGGUGUAUACCUAAAUAAAAUACAUGGUCAAAAGCUAGAUUGACUGCCACCUGCCCCGCAAGUGCAGGCACCUGAGUUCAAUCCCCAGUAACAAAAGAAAAAAAGCUAGAUUGAAAAUUCUUGACUAAAUGCUGUGGUCUGGGGCUGGGGAAGUAGCUCAACUGUAGAGUGUUUGUCAAGCAUGUGACAGACUUGGGUAUGGUCCCCUGUUUCCUAUUAUAUAUUAUCUGUCUUUUAUUUUGCUCUUUAUUUAUGCUUUUGGUCAUAUGAAAGAAACCAUUGUGGUAUUUAA